AUUGCUCUGUUGAUGAGAGAGAGUGUGUGCAGAGCAAGAGAGCGAGAGAAGCAGAGAGCUCUGUAAACAGGCUGUCAGAAAAGAAAGUGCAGGGACAUUUUCAUCCGCUACAGCCAAAGGCGAGUGUUGCGUACAACACUGAAGGAUAAUCACGAGAGGGAGAGAGCGCGAGCGCGAGCGCGAGCGAGAGAAGGUUUCAUUAAUUCAUGCAGGAGGGAAGGGAUGUUUCUGCCGCUGACUGAGCUGGUUCCACCACUGCCUGUAGCAUUUUGUUUGUGAGCCCAUCCAUGCCGUGAACGUGACAGCACUCAGAUCAGGCAGGAUUUGACGCACACCAUCACCUGAACAAGCAGAGAGUACAUCAGUUGAAAGGUCAUCAGCUGCUCCUCCGUGUGCACCUGGCACCUCCCCGCCGCAGAGCUACUCCAAUCCCAGCCCCUACCGGUGGCGCAGCACGCCUCACCUUCACACUGCCUUCGUCCUUGUGGCCCUCCGUCAUUUCACAACUCCACAUCGGGGACGCCAAUUCACCAUCUGUCACUAAGAAAAGUCGAAAUAAUCAUGCCAGAUCGUACCAUGUCCUUCUCAUACCUCACCUGAGGACGAUCAGUGUGGUUCCCCAGGCUCGCUGCAAGCACUCUGACCGUUGAGAUGGGAGAUUGGGUCUGUCUGAGCCCAGCUGAAUUCUCCCAGCUGCAGCAGUACAGUGAGUAUUCCUCCAAGAAGCUUAAAGAUGUGCUGGAAGAGUUUCACGGAAAUGGUGUCCUCUCCAAGUACAACCCUGAACAGAAGCAAGAUGUUCUCAUCCAACCCAUCGACUAUGAGGGCUUCCAGCUAUUCAUGACGACCUAUCUGGAGAUUGACAUCCCUGAGGAACUUUGCAAACACCUCUUCACCUCCUUCAAGAGCAAGAAUGGUGGAGGCAGCUCCCCCGACACCUCUCGAUCUGGAGCAGGCAUACUAGGUAUGAAUGGGAAGAGUAUUUUGAGUGCUAUGAGCCGACAUACACCAGAGAACUCUGCAGGGAUCACUCAAGGCUCAGGGGCCACCACAUCACCCUGCUCCUCCCGCUCCUCCUCACAACGCUCAGGCACAGGGGGCCACACACCCAGAGGCCCCCACCGGUCGCCCGGCACACAGCCCAAUCCCCCAGCGAGCAGCAGUAGCAGCAGCAAUGCUUUGGCUCUCUCCAAAACCACCAACUCCCCGCGCCUCUCCCCAGAGCGUAAUCAAUCUGAAAAUCGUACAUCUCUCCGGAGGAGUUCUUCUCCACAAAAAGGAUCUCCAUCACCCCAAGUGGUCUUCCUUAAAGACAUUGUGUGCUACUUGUCCCUGCUGGAAAGGGGAACACCAGAGGACAAGCUUGAGUUCAUGUUCAGGCUCUACGACACCGAUGGCAAUGGUCUGCUGGACAGUUCGGAGCUCGACCGCAUCAUAAACCAGAUGGUCCAUGUAGCUGAGUACCUAGAAUGGGACUCUACAGAACUACAACCAAUUCUGAAGGAGAUGAUGGAGGAGAUUGAUUAUGACCGGGAUGGAACGGUCACAUUAGAGGAAUGGAUCAGAGGAGGAAUGACCACCAUACCACUCCUGGUACUGCUGGGAAUGGAGACGAAUGUACAGGAAGAUGGGCAGCAUGUAUGGAGACUGAAGCAUUUCAACAAGCCAGCCUACUGUAAUUACUGCCACACUAUGUUGUUAGGAGUACGAAAACAGGGCCUUUGCUGCUCACUAUGCAAGUACACAGUCCACGAGCGCUGUGUGUCCAAAGACAUUGCUCCUUGCAUUAGCACCUACGCCAAGUCCCGCAGGCACACCAAUGCUAUGCAGCAUGUUUGGAUGGAGGGCAACUCCCCAACAAAAUGUGACAAAUGUCACCGCAGUAUCAAGUGCUAUCAAGGUCUAACAGGCCUUCACUGUGUUUGGUGUCAAAUCACUCUCCAUAACAAGUGUGCGUCUAACGUGAAGCCUGAGUGUGACGGUGGACCAUUAAAAGAUCACACACUCUUACCGUCGUACAUCUGCCCUGUUGUUCUGGACCGUCAAUCUGCUGUCAAAAGAGGUGAAGGAGAAUCAUCCCCCAGUACCAGCCCUGAGGACACCAGCCAGUGUUUCAAGUUCACCGGUGACGGUCAGGCACUGCAGAUCACCCCUCUGCCUGGAACGCACCCCCUCCUUGUGCUGGUUAAUCCUAAAAGUGGUGGUCGGCAGGGUGAGAGAGUGCUACGGAAAUUCCAGUACCUGCUUAACCCCAGACAGGUGUACAGUCUGGAUCGAGGAGGACCCAUGGUGGGGCUCAACUUUUUUCGAGACGUGCCCAAUUUCCGCGUGCUGGCCUGUGGAGGCGAUGGAUCAGUGGGGUGGAUUUUGGACUGCAUUGAUAAGGCCAGUUUUGCUCGACAUCCACCUGUUGCGAUCCUGCCACUGGGUACCGGGAACGACCUCGCUCGCUGCCUGCGCUGGGGUGGAGGCUAUGAAGGAGGCAAUCUGGUCAAGUUCCUCAGGGAUAUCGAGCACAGCACCGAAUUGAUGCUUGACCGCUGGAACAUCGACAUUGUCCCAGACGAUAAGGAGGAGAAGGGCGACCCUGUGCCCAACAGCAUAGUGAACAACUACUUCUCCAUUGGAGUGGAUGCAUCCAUAGCACAUCGCUUCCACUUGAUGAGGGAGAAACAUCCAGAGAAGUUUAACAGCAGGAUGAAAAACAAGUUGUGGUACUUUGAAUUUGGCACCACAGAAACCAUCUCAGCCACUUGUAAAAAGCUGAACGAAUCCAUCGAGGUGGAGUGUGAUGGCAUCAUUUUGGAUCUCAGCAGCACGUCUCUGGAGGGUAUCGCUGUGCUCAAUAUUCCCAGCAUGCAUGGGGGCUCCAACCUGUGGGGCGAGUCCAAGAAAAGACUGAAUUACAAUCGCAUGAGUAAGAAAGUGCCAGAGAGAAUGACUGGCAGCACUGUCACCGAUGCCAAAGAGCUCAAGUUUUGUGUACAAGAUUUGAGUGAUCAGCUUCUGGAGGUGGUGGGUUUGGAGGGAGCCAUUGAGAUGGGCCAGAUCUACACAGGUCUCAAGAGCGCUGGACGGCGCCUUGCACAGUGUUCUAGUGUCACCAUCAGGACGUCCCGGCUGCUGCCCAUGCAGAUUGAUGGGGAACCGUGGAUGCAGCCUCCAUGCACGAUACGGAUCACACAUAAGAACCAAGUUCCCAUGCUGCUGGGACCACCACAGAAAACAUUCUUCUUCUUCAAGAAGCGCAACAGAAGUCGGGACUAGAUGUGGGGACUUCAAAAUUCAACCACUCUUCUGCAGUCAUACAAACACACUCAAACAUCUCCACCUUCCUCAGCUAAUCCUUCGUCUUUGGCAGGUGGCAGCCAAAGAGAAGACACCUUUCAAUCACUUUUGUGAGACGAAUCAAUACAAAUACAACACUCUAAUGGACUCCAUCUCCGAAAACAGUCAGAUGCACAUGGGCUGAACCAGAACCACUCUGAGUGUCAUGACCACUUCCUGUGUCUUAUCAUCCAGAACAUCUUAUCACAGGCUUGUGACCUGUAAGCUAUGACUCAAUUCCAACUAAAUCGCCCCUCCCAAUAGGCCGCUGCCUUGGGAUCACACUGUGUGCCCUCUCCCUCCUCUUGAGAUGGCUCAUCAGAAGAGACGGCCAAUUUCAAAGAGAAAAAAAGAGGGAGGACCAGUAGUGAAGAGACACAGAGUAAAGGCAAAAGAAGUGUGUUCAAGUCAAAAGAGAUGGAGAGUAAGAGACACUCUGGCAUGAUGAUGUUCUUUGCAUGAGAGUUGGUGGUGCACAUAUGGACGUCACCAGGCCCUGGCCUAGCCUAGCAGGACCAGGGAACAAACUUUCCUCUUAAAGGAGCUCACUGAAUUAUACAUCAGUGCAUGCAAAGCAUUCAUUCCAGUGCCUCUCCAAGGCCCUGCAGCAUGCCAUCACUAAAGAGAUGAAGCAACAUACUCAUCCAUUGUGAAAAUGUUUAUGGGGGUCUGCUGAUAGAAACAGGUUAGACUGGCCUGAAUGAGAUGAAAUAUUUCAGCUUCUGUUGUUUGCUCUGGCCAGUACUGCUGUUCGCCAGUUGACCAGUGCAAGUUUUGUUACUGUUCGCUGAAUGAUUAUUUAUUCACAUACUGCCCUUUAAAACAACAAUGCUCGUGUUCAGUGUGCAGAAUGGACGUAAGGUCUUUCAAAAAUGCAAGGAGUUUAGAGAACCCUUAGAAGAGAGAAUCAGUGGACCAAAAGAGUUUUACCAAUUAGCAUUUAUAUCGUAGCAAUGUGGCAGUUUGUGCAAUAAUUUGAAGAUUUUAUCGUAUUUUUUAAGCCAAAUCAAAAUAUCGUGCCAUUACAUUGGGGAGUAGAUUCUGUGUGAUUUUCCCUGUCGAUUUAAAACAUCUUACACCAGCCUAUGCUGGCUAUGCUGGUCUGUUGGCUAGUUUGAGCAUUUUUGAGCUGGUCAGGCUCGGAGACUUGCAGGUUACCCAGCUAGACCAGCUGAAAACCAUCGUAAUGGCCGUAAUCACACCAACAUGAACGUACGGCAUGAAAAUUCGGUCCAGUUUCGGCAAGUGAUUUGUCUGUUCAGACCAAUGCGAAUAAUGGAAGAAUGAAGUAAUGAAAAAUGCAACUUAACUUUAUGGCAGUAGAUGGCACUUACAGAAAAUUAGUUUUAUGUAACAGCAGCGACUCAGGGCAUGUGACCAAAUAUUUCUGUAGAAAAAAAAAAUCUGUGUGAAUGUUUGUCUAAAUCUGAGCAGAAGCAUUAAUAGCCGUUUAUUCAAAUUAAAAUGUAUAUAACACUGAUUUUUCGUCUUGGUAUGAACAGGACUUACACCAUCAAACCAGCUUAGGCUGUUUUAAGCAUUUUAUCAGCAAAGUAUGAUUUUAGUAAUUGUUUUAUAUAACAAUAAGGAUGCAAUGGUAAAACUUUAAGUUCAGGGUCAAUUUGUUAAGAUUUGUUAAUGCAUUAGAUGUCAACAACUAACGCUGAAAAUAUAUUUACAGCCUUAAAUAAUCUAGAUUAGCCUUCAUUUAUAAACUCAAUUGCUUGGUCCAAGUUCAAUUCCACCCCAUAAAUUGAUUUCAUUGUUAAUUCAUUUAUAUUCAUAUUAUGUUUAAUAAUAUUGAUUAAUACAACCUGAAAAUCUAUGAAUAUAGUGCAUACAUUAUUAACAUUGACCAGGAGUAAUAAAUCCUGUAACAAUAUGAAUUGUUCAUUGAUGCAUUAACCAAUGUUAACAAAUUAAAUAUUAUAUUUUGUUACAGAAAUAAUAGUUUAAGGAAAAAUAUGCUACACAUUUUUAAGAAAAACAAGGUCUCCAUUCAGAGGCGGGCUGAAAUGGAUCUAGCGCUGGUAUUAAGACUGAAUCCUCUGGUCCCCAUCUGUCACAACAAGCUACUGCAGUGGGGUUUGAUUUACUGCUGCAUGGACGGAGCCUAAAUUUAACUUCCUAUUUCAGGGCAUGAAACACUAUUCCUAAUUGCAGCAUGAAAACAUCAGCUCGCAAUUUCAGGUCGACAGUUAAGCGGGUUUGAAAGCAGCCUAGAUGAAUGCAGAAAACGGAAGUUACUUACAGUUCCCGUCCACAACAGCUGACUUGGAGAUCCAAAAAGUGAGCGUUGUAAUCUUUUAGCCCUUCUGAGAAGGCCCAUAAAGAGUGUGUGACUUAAAGAUGCCCACUAUGUAUCAGUAUUUAUAUAAACUAAGAGCCUUGUGUGCAUAUAUACAGUAUGAAUGUGCAGUGAUCAUCAGAUGCUUUCGCAGUGUGCCAUAGGGUGUUAGAACUGUAUAUAUGUAUUUCACCAGUACACAGAACUGGGGUCAGAUUGACUUGAAGUUCAGGUGUCGACUUUGGAAACUGAGCUCUUCCCAGGGUUAGCAGGUUAAUGUUCCCUUUAAAGAAAACUGAACCGCAGAAGCAACACCAGUGUCCUAAAAAAUGCUCAUCUCUUCCUAUGACCACAGAACUAUCGGUUUAUCAGAAGUUAAUGGUGAAUUUGGCUAAAAGAGCCCCAUUGAUUCUGUGGUCUUUGGACGGAUGGUUAUCCUGCAUGACAUUCUGGUGUUUAAAGAACGGCGGUUUGCCUACAAGUGCAUGUUUACAACUACUUUUCAUUUAACAGUCUAGAAUGAUUUUAAACAGUCAUGUAUAUAUAGAAAUUGUUUAUAUUUUCUCUAAAGUUAAACCACCGCAUGCCUGCUGAAACAAAGAAGUCAAUGUCUGCUUGAAGAGAGACCAAGCUGAUUGUUGCUACUUUAUUCGUUUUACAUGAUUAUAUUUUUGCACCCUAUCCAGGCCCCUUGUGUCUACCCACUGUACUUUUCCUCAAUCAGUUAGUAGCAUGUUCAUUGUACAAGUACCAAUGUAUGCAGAUCGAUGGGCAACUGAGAAAUGUCAUGUUUGGGAAAUGUCAUUUCUAAAUCGUACUGAUGUCACUUCCUGUAUAAUUUCUGUGAAUAGCUGAUAGCCUUUACUUACCAGUACAAAAUAGCAUUUUGCCUGGAGCAAAGACUUUUGCAAUAUAAGUCACUAAGAAAAUAACCCAAAUGAUGGAACAAAAUAGAGGGAAUAAAACGAGAGGUUAACAUGUUUUGCUGUGUUGCAAUAACUCAUUUUUGUUAGUGUCAUCGUUCCUGCCUACUUAAUCUCAGAGAAAAGUGGUGAUAGAGCGAUGUCCUGCACAUCACAGAUGAGCUCCAUGAUAUCUCUGACACCACAUCUGUCUUCAUUUGUGGACAAGAAGGCUUUUAUCUAUUUUGUAGCUGUCCUAAUUGCUCAAUCUACCCAUGACUGUCUCUUUUAUCAUAACAAUAAUAUGAGUUUAUCUGUUAAAACCGUGCUGCCUCUUUCAGGGUUGUGCUCUAUUCAAAAAUGAAUUGAUAAUGCCUUUUAAAUUCUGAAUGUGAGGUUUUGAAUUAAAAAUGAAUUGUAAUUCAAAGAAGAUCAUAUAAUUUUGAUGUAUAACUAGAAUAACUGCCUUUUUUUUACGUUUUGCUGAGACACCCUGAAGUUUAAGGGGUUUUUCUUGGCCCCCCAGACAGAGAGAACGAUGGAUAGAAGGAAGGAAGAAAAACUUUUUCCCAGGAUGCAUUGCCUGUUGAGUUUCUUUGAGUUAAAAUACAGUACAUUCCUCUCCUGUCAUUCCGAUUCAAAUUCAUGUAGGGCAUUCGCAAUUCUAUUUAAAUUCAACUCGUGAGUUGAAAGGGAGACAACUUUUUUUUUUGUUUUUUUCAGUUCUGAAUUUUGCCCAACCCUGGCAUAUUGAGACCAAAUCAGGAAUGUUCUUUUUAAGAACAGUGAAGCAGAAUCCUGGAGUCAAUAUUGAAGAGGCAGUAUGGCUAAUCUCAGUGUAGCACCAUUCUUAGCUGGGUCAGAUGAGCCUUAUUGACUGCCACUGAUGAAGUACAGCCCAUAUCCACAUAUCCUGAAUGUGAUGUUCUACAUGUGUGUUUAACUCACUGUCUUACUCCUGCCUUAGGGUUAGUGUGGUUUGUAGCAGUCCAUCUGUGUGGUAGGCAACAAGGUUCAAGGACAGGAGUCCUGCAGACUGGGAUGGGGUUAAUGGGUGAAUUGUGCCCUUGAAAGCCCCUUUUAGACUCUGUUACUCUGUAAGCUGUUGGCAUCCAUGUUUUUAUUGAAUAAACAAAGAGACUGAA